AUGGCCAAGUCGACAGUACCAAGUAAUCAAAAAUCCGACCUCCCUUCACAUAUUCUUUAUCAAAAUUCAAGCAAAACUGUCACUUUAAUUGAUAUCCCACGAUCAAUCGAAGAUGCUCAAUUACUAUCCACCGAACAAUACACUACUAGUCCGAAGACUGCGAAGAGGUUGAUAUCUUGUAAACCAAUAGAUACGCCCUAUCCAUCACUUGAACCCAAAUCUGCAAAAGCUCUUAGGAAUGCUCCAGGAAAAAGUAUUGAAGAAUUGAUGUUGGAGCGUUAUGUUCAACUUGCGCUUGAUGAGAUGAUGGAGGAUGAGAGAUGGGAAGGGAAAGUUUGUUUAGAGAGGAUUUGGGGAGAGAAUGAGGAAUCUAAAAGGAAAAGAAAAUCAGCUCCAGAAGAAGCAGAGAAAUCUCAGCAAAGCGUCAUCAAGGUUGAAAAUGUCUACAAGCUUCCAAAACGCGUUGAGAUUGAUGGGGUUUCGGGGAUAAUGCCACCUAAAUCUACAAUGAUACAUGGCAAUAUACUUGAAAGGAACCUUUCUUCCAAUAUAGAAAUACAUGAAGAUUUUCCAAAAUUCCAUGUAAUAAUUGCCGAUCCACCUUGGCCUAAUCGAUCUGCUUUACGAAAAGAUUCUUAUGAUAUUGCUUCGGGAUUUGGAGGAAUAGAGAGUUUAUUGAGAUCCCUACCAUGUCAUCAGGUAGAACACAAUGGCUACGUUGGAAUAUGGAUAACUAAUAAACCCGCUUUCCGCUCAAUGCUCUUAGACGAAGGAGGGUUGUUCGAUCAUUGGGGUCUUGAAUUAAUUGAAGAAUGGAUUUGGCUUAAAGUUACAUCAAAUAGUGAACCGAUGUGUGAGAUUUCAGGAACUUGGAGGAAACCAUGGGAGAUUUUACUUGUGGGACGGAAGAAGGAGGAGAGAGUGUGUGUUGAUGUAGGAGACUCUGGAUUCAAGAAGUCUGUUGGGAAUGAGGAAUUGAAUAUUAAGAAAGAAUAUGAAAUCGAAGGAUCAUAUCAACCUUCAUCUUCACCCUCACGAGCCUCACCAACUCCAACUCCAUCUCAAUCUGAAAACUCAAACUUCUCCAUAAAACGAAGGAUUAUAAUUGGAGUUCCUGAUUUACACUCACGAAAACCUAAUCUGAGGUUUCUUUUUGGUCAACUACUAGGGUUGCAAGAAUAUAGGGGGUUGGAAAUCUUCGCGAGGAAUCUUACGGCUGGGUGGUGGGGGUGGGGAAAUGAAGUUUUGAAAUUUCAAGAUGAUGGGGCUUGGGUUGAGGAAGGCUGUAAUGAUGUUGUUGAUGAAGUAGUUGAUGAGGUAUUGAAAGUGAAGAAUGGACCGGAUAAGGAGGAUGAGAAGAGUGACGAGGUGUGA